UGUGUGUGAGGAGAGAGAGUGUGUGUGCCUGGGUGUGUUUCUUAUAGUGCCCCACUAGUGUGGCUGCUCCUCUGUUGCCUGUGUGACUGCUGCCUAGGGACAUCUGCUGCUUUUCGUCAGCUGGAAACCCAUGCCUAAGGAGGACACACACACGCACACACGCAGAGACACACACAUACACACACUCCUACUCUCUCUCACAAACACACACACACACACACUCCAACGCUCUGUGGCUCCAGCUUUCCGUCAGUCUGUCUUUGUUUCCACCCAUCAAGGACCAGCCACCAUCCAGAACCAGCAGAGGAGCUGGACAUUGUCUGAUCAGCAAGGAGACCAAUACCCCACUGCUUGGCUGCUUGACUUUGUUUGACAAGUCUGUACUUAGGCUUCUCGAUUUGAAAGAAGGUUCCAUCAGUCUCGGCACCGAGCUGCCACUGCCAUCCAGCCCAGCAGAGGGUGUUCUCGCUGCCCACACCAGAGACCCAAGACCUGCCUGGACUUCCAGGUGGCUCAACGUCUCCCACCGUCCAAGGCAAAGGUGACUGAACAACCUGAGGCGUCGAAUCUUCACCUGUCGUAUCUGAGAAUUGUUCCUCUUGCGUCUUUACUGUUCUCAUUUACCCAUCAACUCAUAACUGGUUUCCAGUCCAUCGUCUGAAGAGAUUUCAGUUGCUUUCAUCCAAAGAGACUGCAGUUUUUCCAGAUUGAUCAACAGCGAUCUUCUCAUUUGACCAGGACCCUGAUUGUUCACCGGAAAAUCACCUUCUUGUACUGACAGCAAGCUUCAAGUGCCGUACCCAAAAGAGACAAAUCUUUCUGCGUACCAAGCUUAAGCAGUGAGAGCAGUGAUAUCGCCGAAGAAGCAGAAGACAGGCUCCCUCUAGUGGUCGAUCUGGAGCAUGGCAGACUGGAGCCUUCUAGGUAACUUCCUGGAUGAAGUGCAUGAGCACUCCACGUCAGUGGGCAAGGUGUGGCUGACGGUGCUGUUUAUCUUCCGCAUCCUGGUGCUGGGCACGGCGGCUGAGUCCAGCUGGCUGGACGAGCAGGAAGACUUCAUGUGUGACACGCAGCAGCCCGGCUGCGAGAACGUCUGCUAUGACCACGCCUUCCCCAUCGCGCACAUCCGGUACUGGGUGCUCCAGAUCGUCUUCGUUUCCACGCCCUCGCUGGUCUACAUGGGCCAUGCCAUGCACACGGUCCGCAUGGAGGAGAAGAAAAGGAGGAAAGAACAGGAGGACCAGGGAGGAGGUGAGGGAGGAGGAGGAGGAGAGGAGAAGAAGUACCCGCAGGAGGAAGAGAGGGAUUGCGGGAAGGGCCAUGAGGGUCCUGCAAAGAUCCGUCUGAAGGGGGCGCUGUUGCGCACCUACAUCCUGAGCAUCCUGGUGCGGUUGGUGAUGGAGGUGAUGUUCAUCGUGGUGCAGUACCUCAUCUACGGAAUCUUCCUGAAUCCACGCUUCCUGUGUGAAGCCAAACCAUGCCCACACAUGGUGGACUGCUACAUCUCGCGGCCCACCGAGAAGAACAUCUUCAUCGUGUUCAUGCUGGGCGUGGGGGUCCUCUCUCUGCUGCUCAGCGUGAUCGAGCUCUACCACCUGGCCUGGAAGCAGUGCAGACGCUACAUGAAGAGGUACGAGGCCAACCGACAACUGCAACAGCAGGAAGAGCAGCGACCUUUGACCCCGUCCACUAUUACCGCCACUUCCCCAGAGAAACCCCACCGCGCCCUGCCACUGCCACCCUGCUCGCCCCCACCCGACUUCAGCCAAUGCAUGCCCCCGCCGUCACCCGUCCACGCCCACAGCCACGCCCCCAGCUGCCCCUCCUACAGCGACCGGCUGGCCAAUCAGCAGAACUCCGUCAACAUGGCCGCUGAGCGUCACCGUGUUCUGGACGCCGGGGAGGACUUCCUGGGGAGGCAGGUCUUCCUGACAGCGACAACGACAGCUCCGCCUCCGUCAGAGGAGGGCGGGGCCUGUCCCCAGGUGAUGACAAAUGGUUUCCUGAAGGACAAGCGGCGUCUCAGCAAGACCAGCGGAGCCAGCAUGCGCAUGCGUCCAGACGACAUCGCUGUGUAAGGCUUGCGGUAGGGCAGCCCCGGAGGGCCAAGCCUUUCCCCCCAACCCACCCCCUGGUGCACUCUAGCUUGCUGUUGGUCACUGUACUGGCAAGGGACAGCAGAGAAAAUAUGGUUUGAAUGAAUAUGAAGCAACAGCUUAGUUCUGUUGCCCAGAGCUCAAAUAGGAGC